AUGGAUUCAUACGUCGACGAAAAGACCCUCCUAUCACUUGGGAUCAUCGAUCCUGAACUACAGGCCUUCUUGGACAAGACCAACCCUCCCCGUCUCAACUAUGACGACGUUUCGGACUUCAAGGCCAUGAUCGACAAGCGCAACGCUGCGGCGACAAAGGCCCAAAAACAGCCGCCGCCCGAAAUCUUGCAGAGCGACCUUUGGUACCCAACGAAAGACGGGAUCAAGAUUCGCGCAAAGCUCUACCAACCCUCCACACCGCCCAAGGACGGCAGCCCCCUGAUUGUCAUGUAUCACGGGGGUGGUUUUUGCACCGGCGCGCCCGAAAGCGAGGAGCAGACCUGUCAAAACUUCGUGCAGGCGUUCGGCGCAGUGUGUCUCUCGGCCACCUACCGUCUGGGGCCCGAGUGGAAGUUUCCCACCGCGCACAAGGACGCGUGGGACUGCUUACGAUGGGCGGCCGAGCACGCGACCUCCUGGGGAGCGGACCCUGCGGUGGGCUUCGUCAUCGGAGGGACCUCGGCCGGUGCAAACAUUACGGCGGUGUUGGCUCACCUUGCCCGAGACGAGGGUCUGUCGCCGCCGUUAACAGGCCAAUAUCUCGCCGCCGCGUCGCUUCUGCCCGAAAACCAAGUGCCCGAGAAGUACAAGAAAUUCUAUCUCUCACAAGAGCAGAAUGUCGAUGUGCCCGUCCUACCGAGACCAGCGAGACUAAUGUUUUUGAGAGGAUAUCAACCCGACAACAACGACGCCGUGUGGUGGGCUAUCUUUAACCAUCCCAAAGGCCACGCAGACGUCCCUCCGGCCUUCUUCCAAGUUGACGGACUCGACCCAUUGCGAGAUGACAGCAUUAUUUUCGAACGAGUUCUGCGGAAGGAAUACGGCAUCAAAACCAGGAUGGAUGUGUACCCUGGAUUACCUCACGGGCAUUGGAAUAUUUAUCCUUUCCUGAAGGGCAGUGAGAAGUUCAGGAAGGACCAGGUCGCAGGCAUGGCAUUCCUCCUGAAUCGAGAUCCCGACUACAGCAAGGUCGUCACAAAGGCUUCUCCAGCAGGGUUCUGA